AUGAUGGCAGUAGAUUUCGAUGGUCCACCUCCACCUAAAUGUCCGACUGCAGAUUCAGAUACAAUGACAAGCUCAAUCACUAUUCCCGGUGUAGAUUUGGCAUUACUGAGAGCACAAAAGAAUUCUUUUGAAUCAUGUUUUACCAGCCAGUUACAAUUAUCAUCGCCUUCAAAUAUUAAAGCAGCAGUGGAGGUGCAUAAAAUCCAACAGUUAGACAGUGGUGACUGUAAAAUAUCAUACAGAUGCUCAGGAGUCGGUGAUCAGCCUUCAGCUGAAACUUGUUUGGGUACAAUACCAAAUAGUGAUGCAUUCCAAGCCAUUCUUGCAAAAUGUUAUCGCGUCCAAAGUUAG